AUGAUCACACUCUUUAUUGCUCUUUGCCUCUUAACAUCAGUGAAACCUUCUAACAUCAAGGAGAUUCAAGUUAAAAAAAUAAAGAGUGGAGAAGAUGUUACUAUGAAAUGUGGCGUGUUUAAUGACAAAACUAAACUUGUUUGGUUCAAACAGAGUUUUGGAAAGGUUCCUCAGUUGGUAGGGAGAGCAGUGGGGAAAGAUUUCAGACUUGAUGCAGAAUUUAAUGAUGGACGCUUCAGUGUUAGGGAUGACAAAUUGUUUAAUCUCGACAUUAAAAAUGUGACAGAAGAGGAUACAGGAACAUACUUCUGUGUAGAAAUGCUGAACACUUCACCAGACUUUACAUCUGGAACCCUUUUGGUUGUUGAAGAUGAGGAGAUGAAACGAUCUCCUCCAGCUGUAAAGGUGUUGGAGAACGGAGAGUUGCUCACACUCCAGUGUUCAGUACAAGCCAUUACUUCAAGCUGUGAAGAACCGAGCGUGUACUGGUUCAGACACGGCUCAGGAGAAUCUGAUCCAGGAAUCAUUUACACUCAUGGAAACGCCAGUGAUGAGUGUAAGAAGAGCUCUGAGGCUGGUUCUCCUCCACAGAGCUGUGUCUACACUCUCCCCAAGAGGAAGCUCACAACCUCUGGUAAAGAAAUGCUCUACUGUGCUGUGGCUGAGUGUGGACAAAUCCUCUUCAGGAAUGGAAUUAUGCCUGCAGAGAAAAGUUGUUGUUUCCAGAAUCAGGUGAUGAUCUAUCUUUCCGGGGGGCAGAGUCACGCACAGCUGCGGACGGCCUUUAAUGUCAACACGGUUGAUGGAAGGGCCGCGGUGCACUUACAGACAGACGUGUGCAGGGUUUGGGAGCACGGGUGUCUGAGCAUCAGCCGCGAGGGGGUAGCGGCGAGAUCACUGGCACUGGACACGUGGCUGGGUCACGUCUAG